CACUCUUAAAGGGAAAGAACAAUCGCCUCACAUAUAACCUAGAUAUUCCGAAUUGAUAAAAUAGUCUGCAGUCAUGUGAUGAUAGACCUCAUCUUUUCAAAUCUAAGAGAAAACGGAUCCUUCGUUAUAUGGUCUUCGAGGCUAUUUCCGCGAAAUAAACAUGGCGGGUGUUUUGUUUGAGGAUAUUUUUGAUGUUAAAGAUAUUGAUCCAGAUGGCAAGAAAUUCGACAGAGUGUCUCGGCUGUUCUGUGAGAGCGAGUCCUUCAAGAUGGACCUGAUUCUGGACGUGAACACACAGAUCUACCCCGUGGAGCUCGGUGACAAGUUCCGCCUGGUGAUCGCGACGACUCUGCGGGAGGACGGGUACCCGGAGGACGGAGAGUACAACCCCACACAACAGGGCCCGUCUCGUGCUGACCAGUUCGAGUACGUCAUGUUUGGCAAAGUCUACAGAAUCGAGGGUGACGAUGGCGGCAUGGACUCCUCCCGACUGGCAGCCUACAUCUCCUACGGAGGGCUGCUGAUGAGACUGAAGGGAGACCCCAACAAUCUGCACGGUUUUGAGGUUGAUUCGCAUGUUUACCUCAUGAUGAAAAAGCUGGCUUUCUAAGGUUGUCACGGAAACAGGUUAUAGGUUUUUGCUCACUCAGCAUCUAAUGCAUAUCAAUGUAUGAGUGCCCAGAUGUCAGUCUCCGGCUGCCACUCCACAGGGUCACAGUUGAACUCCCAUGUCAAAGUAUUCGUUCCUUGAGAAAAAAAUCCCAAUGCAGUAGUCAGUAGUCAGUAGUCAGUCUGGCGAUGGGAGAAGGGGCUAGUAUCUCAGUCACCACAGGAUUAACAUAUAUUGUCUCAGGACAGGGAAAUAAAAUCACUCAAUACUAAGUUUCCAUGACCUGAUACAUUUUAACAAUAAACCAACACUGCAUAAAAAAUAUACUAGGAUAAAGGGUGAGUUGAAGCUCUGUGACAACAGUUCAGCUUGUAGAAAACAGCAGCAGAGAAAUACCUUUAGUAUGGGGAGGUUUAUGUCUGUGCCCUGUGCCCUGUGCCCUGCCCCUGUGUCCUGUGUCCUGUGCCCUGCUCCUGUGCAAUAGUCAGCUGUUCUCAUUGUACAUAUCUCUCAUCACAAUAAACAUGUCAUCAGUAA